AUGGCGCAGCACCCGCACCAUGUGCCAGUACACCCGCCACUCAUCGAUCGGCGCGGCAGUUUGCAGCGGCGGCUUAGUCUCCAAAGUGUGCAGAAGGAGAAUUCGCUGGCCUCAGGUGUGGAGGAAACUCCGAAGUCACCAGCAGGAGGAAAGCCAGCACGGAUGGUAUCCUUCGACCGAAACUCCACCAUCAAAGUCAUCGACUUCGACGAGGUCGCGGUGGCGAAGGUAAUUCCGACAGCAUCCUUGACACCAUCUGCGGAAGACUUCACUGAUACUGCAAAGGCCCGGGCAUCCUUACGGCAGCGGCGGAGGAGCACCGUCGAAGGAUUGCUCAGUGCCCAGGGGCUCUUGAGCCAAAGCAGCAUGGGAGAGUCCGAGGAUGAGACGUGGGACAUAACCAAGGUGAAGCUCCACGCCCACAAGUGCUGGUUGCAGGGCGAUGCCGAAGAGAACGAGCUCUCCGAUAGAUUGCUCUCCCUUUCCAAAGGGAUAAACCAGUCGGCCGAGCAGAACCAUAUCCACGAGAGCGAGUUGGAGGUGCCCUAUGAGAUGGAGGAGCAUUCCACAAUGCUGCACCCAGCCGGAGUCUUGCGAACGACCUGGAACAUUCUAGUUGCCAUGUGUCUGAUCCAUGACUUGGUGGUGAUCCCUCUCUACGUCUUCGACAUACCCGACUCAUCAGUUUUAAUUGCGCUGGAGUGGUUUACUCAGCUCUUUUGGAACAUUGACAUUGCCAUGACCGUGCGUACUGGCUACUACUACAAAGGUCUGCUCAUCAUGGACCCAGGAAAGGUCCUGCGCAAUUAUGUGAAGACGUGGCUGGUCCUUGACGUGACGUUGGUCUCAUUAGACUGGGCCUUCGUCAUCCUUUCAUUGUCGGGUGUACAGGUAGAUUCUGUGGCACAACUCUCGCGUACAAUCCGGUUCCUGCGCUUUCUCCGCCUGGUCCGGAUCUUGCGAUGGGUGAAGUUGCGCCGGAUGGCAGAAGUCUUCCAGGAGCUCAUUCAGUCGCAAGCUGCGAGCAUGUACUGGAGCCUGCUCUUCGGCAUCGCACGCCUCAUCAUCUUGAAUCACUUGAUCGCGUGCUGCUGGUUCGGCAUAAGCCGUCUGGAGGGCGCCAGCGACAACUGGGUGACGCAUGCUCGCUUGCAGGAGGAUACCACUUCUCCGCCACACAUGUAUGCUGCAUCCAUGAAUUGGGCCUUCGCUCAGCUUGGCGUGGGCGUCUCAGACAUCAGUCCCCGCACGACGCUGGAGACAUACUUCUGCAUCCUUAUCGCAUUCAGGUCGCUCAUCACAUGCACUACUCUGAUCAGUCGCAUGACAUCCUUGAUGACGGCAUUGAUCAAAGUGAAGGAGGAUGAGGAACGUGAGUUCCGGCUCCUUCGCAGCUACCUGGUCUUCAACGAGAUCCCCCAUCGUUUGGGGCAGAAGGUUACCAGGUUUUUGCAGCAUCAGUUCAGCCUCAAGCAGCAGGCAAAGACUGCUGAUUUGCACGUUCCAUUGCUCGAGCUCCUCUCGCACCAGCUACAGGGGGAGCUCCAGUUUGCCCGGCACAGGGCAUCCCUCGCUAAGCUUGAGUUCCUGGACCACCUCAUGGACCAGCUUGACCGGCAGAUCUUGCGAAUCUUGCACGAGCUGUGCACCGUGGCGCUGGACAGUUUGCCUGUGGCCUCCAAGGACAUGGUCUUUCUCGGUGGCUCCCAGGCCCGCAAGACAUACCUGGUUUUGGCGGGCACCUUUACCUACCACCACGACGAUGGUGAAGAGAAGGUCGAUGCCGAGUCCUGCGGCUGGGUAGCGGAGAUGUGCUUGUGGACGCCUUGGGUCUACUUGGGCGACCUGGUGUCACAUGACGUCUCUCGCAUCGUGGCCAUGGAUGCAGCUCUGUUUGGCCAAAUCCUGAGCCAAUCCCCGUCUACAUAUGACCAUGCCAAAGACUAUGCCAAGAACUUUCUCAGCAUGAUGCGUGGCAAAACGUCCUGGACCGAUCUUCGCUAUGAGUCCAGAGACGACAACUCAGUUGGCAAUGUGAGCCGCCAUGCCUCUGUGAAGAAGCCACGAUCUCCGAAGGAGAUGAGCAGCACACCAUGUAAAGAUGUCAACGAACCCGUUGCAAAGAUGCCAGUGCUGCAGAUGACCACAGCCUUCCUACUUGUAGAGGAGAUUCCCAAUGCGACACCCAAAUCUACGCCUGUAGCUCCGAUGGAGGAAGAGAGCGGCGAAGACAAGGACAGGCCUGCAGGCAGUUUUUGGGAGCUCCACCGCAAGCUGGCUGAUUGCUAUGUUCAAGACAUGGCCCUCAGAACAGAUAAGCGUCCGACUCCGAACGCGUCGCCUGGGAUUCUUGACACGCUCUCGCCUCUUCCCGCUGCCCGUCGCCGGCGCAUGUCCAUUGAAGCCACCAGCCCGAACAUCAUGGAACGGCGGGAGGUCAGCAUCACAACUUUGCUGGAUUCCAAGAGUCGAGCCCAUACCGAGACCGAUAUCACAUUGGCUCCCCUUGCAUGCUGGAAGCAUAAGAAGAAGGAGAAGAAUUCUGUUUCGAACAAUCGCGCAGUUUCUGUAGAUGCACUGAUGUCAUCAGCCCCUGCCAGAGUUGGCUCGUUCACAAAGAGAGCGGAGGGAGCCAGCAGCAUCGACCUGCCUGUAUCCACUAGCCGGAAAAACGCAUGUUGCAAAUCCUGGGUGCUACAUCCGGGUGGGAUUCGUCGUACGAUCUGGAACAUGGCAGUUGCACUCGGUGUCCUGCAUGAUUUGAUCUUCGUCCCGAUGUACGUCUUUGAUCUACCCAGCACCCCAUUCUUCAGAAUUAUGGAGUGGAUCACACAGAUAUUCUGGAAUAUGGACAUGCUUGUCUCACUUUUUACAGGCUACUACGAUGAGGGUGUUCUCAUCCUGGAAUUCAAGAAAGCAGUCGCGCACUACGCGAAGACCUGGAUGUGCUUCGAUUUAUGUCUUAUUUCCAUGGACUGGGCCAUAGUUUGGCUUGAUACUCUGGGUUGGGUUGCAACCAACAGUGGAGUGGCGAGCCAAAGCAUCUUCCAUAAGUACCUGCUGUGCAUGAACUGGGCAUUUGCGCAACUGAGCGUGGGCUCCAGUGAACUCACACCUUCGAGCACUUUGGAGUUCGCUUUCUGCGUGAUUGUGGCUUUCAGAUCUCUACUCACAUAUUCCACGCUCAUUAGCACGAUGACCUCCUUGCUGAGUGGUCUGAGCAAGAUCAAGGAAGACGAGACAAGUGAGUUUCGGAUGCUAAGAAGCUACCUGGUCCAUCAUGACAUCGGAAAGGAGUUGCAACAGAAGGUAACACGCUUCCUUCAACAUCAGUAUGGCCUUAGGCAGCAAGCAAAAUCUGCUGAUGCCCAAGUUCCCUUACUGCAGAUGCUCUCAGCUCGACUCCAAGGCGAGCUGAGCUUCUCGAAAUACAGGAAAGCUCUUGGUAGACUGGCCUUUGUGGACGAGCUCUUGGUUUUGAAUGACUUGGUAAUCAUGCAGGUACUGCACAAGCUGGCUACGAAGGCGGUUCGGGACGUGGCGGCGGCAGGAAAGGAUGUGAUUUUCCUUGCCGGCGACACCGCCACAGCAUCCUUCUUCAAAGUCAGUGGUGAAGUUACCUAUUUCUUCGGACACGAAAAAAGCUCCGUGAGCAACUCGACAUGGAUAGCAGAGCAUUGCUUGUGGACUCCUUGGGUACAUUUGGGAGACUUGGUCUCUGAAGACUUCAGCCGCCUGGUGGUGAUUCACGUGCAAGAAUUCUGCAACAUUCUGAGCGAGAAUGCCCGAGCCCACAGUGCUGCUGUGAUCCAUGCGAGAGAUUUCAUCUCCGCGAUGCGCAGCCGUCCGCAGUGGACGGACAUCCUUCCCCAGAAGGACGCGUAUUGA